AUGAUUCUCUUCCCAAGCCAUAUAUUCCUCCGAUUACUCAUCGCCAUUUCCGUCUUUUCCAUUGCUGUCUCCGCUCUCGAAUGUAUUCAAUGUGCACCGAACAGCGCGUGGUAUUCGGAACAAGAGGAAGAGAGAAGAAUCGAAGCGUGUCGUCAAGGACUGGUCGCCCCAUCAAAAUGUCUCAACUCUACUCACACCCACUGUAUUGUCAACUGGUAUCGAACCGGCGGAAGUUCCGAGAGAAUUGUGACGAAAAGACAUUGUGGAAUGGAAUCUGAUGUAACGGGAUGUACACUUUAUAACUCGAAAAUCAGCAGAAAGGUUAGACGUCAUCUUCUCAGCCGAGACGUCUCUCACGAUCGUAAGGAAUCGGUGGCUUCGUUUGUUGAGGUGUGCUCCACUUCGUGCCCUGUCGGAGAAUGCGUCAACUCGUCGAACCUCCGUGGCAGCAUCAUCUUCCCAAUCAUCUUCGCCACCAUCUACCGUAUCCUACAGUAA